AUGGCGCGACCACUGUUAGGUCUCCUGUUAAUCUUAGCUGUAGUAGGAGUGAAAUCUAAAAUUCACAACAGCGUGGUUGAGAAGGACGACCGCAGACUCAUUCCACUGACGGAUGCGUUCGGUUUCGCUGAGGGCGGAAAGCUGGACAUCACUAUCCGCGAUAUUGCGCUCUACCGACUGCAUGGAAGCGUGGAUACCAUAGACAGUGAGAAAUUCGGGUUCUUCUUGUCACCUGUCGAGGCGGAUGCUGCGUUGGAGCAGGAGCUAGCCGACGACGCGGGGUGCAUCCUCGACCAAGUCACUAACCUGUUCACAUUUAAAGACUCGUCGGUCCAAAAUGUCAUCAACGGCAACCUCACGGAGUUCUCCUUCCACUUCGUCGUCCAGAAUGGCGGACUUUUCUACUUGUACUUUGCCAAUUGUGAAGAGGACACGCCAGUUUCUUUUACCAGUAUUAUUGAGAUGUAUAACCUCAAUAGCAAGGGUAGCAAGGACUAUCUCUCAGUUGGAGACACUUCUCUGGACGCCGUGUACUGGGUAAGUGCCAUGUUUGCAUUGUUCACGCUAUCGACCAUCGCCUGGGCAGUGUGGGUGUAUCGCAACAAGCAGUAUGCCCAGAAGGUCCACUACUUUAUGUUCGCCCUGGGCUGCUUCAAGGCGAUGACAUUGCUUUCUCAGGCGCUCAUGGUCUACUAUAUUGAGCGAACUGGGUCAGCGGAUGGGUGGAAUAUUGUUUACUACAUCUUUACGUUCUUCCGUGGUAUUCUGUUCUUCACCGUCGUGGUCCUUAUCGGCACGGGCUGGUCCUACAUGAAGCCCUUCCUCGGCGAGAAAGAGGCACGGAUUAUCAUGAUCGUUAUUCCCCUCCAGGUGUUUGCCAACAUCGCCAUUAUCAUCACCGAAGAGGAGAGCCCGUCGGUUAAGGACUGGUUCACGUGGCGGGAUGUCUUCCACCUCGUGGACAUCAUUUGCUGCUGCGCGAUUCUAUUCCCCAUCGUUUGGUCCAUCAAGCACCUACGGGAAGCUUCGCAAACAGAUGGGAAGGCAGCGCGCAACCUCGAGAGGCUGACGUUGUUCCGUCAAUUUUACGUCAUGGUGGUUGUGUACAUCUAUGUCACUCGCAUUGUGGUGUACCUGCUGAAGAGCACCAUGCAGUAUGAAUUCUCUUGGGUUAGUACAGCAGUGGAGGAGCUAGUCACUUUGGCUUUCUAUGUGUGGACCGCGACGAAGUUCCGGCCUACUAAUGAAAACCCGUAUCUGAAGCUGCAGGGCGACAGCGAUGUUUGAGUGAAGUGUUCAUGUUGUUGCGGUUAGGGCAUCUUUUACUUGGCGUUGGUUAUUACACGAGGAGCGAGCUCAAGCAUUGCGCCACAGGUACGUGCAUUUUGAGGCGCCUCAAGCAGGGGCUGGGGAAAAGUCUUCCCAGGCGUGAUGUCCCGCGUUCACCGUCCAUACAGCGUGUGCGGAAGGUUGCCCUCGAAACGAACGAUAUCUGGUGGGGGCGUGUGAAUUGAAACACAGACGCUGGGGACUCGGGUGCCCUUGGGUUAUCUUCGAGUCGUUCGCCACAUAGAGCCAGCCACUGCGCCUGCGCCGAAGACCAGGACCAUCAUCCAGGCCGGCAAACCUGCGCCCGCAGUGUGGUGGCGGCCACCCUGGCUUCUGCUGCCCCCGCUUGAAGGGGUGAGUGUCUCAGGUGUUUUACGUAACAUAAACUUGGCCGUGGGAUUCCGGGUUGUGCCGAGGAUUUGUUCGGGGAAUACUGUGCUGCAGCCGACAAGCUUCUUCAGGCGGUAGGACUUGACCACAAAAAGAUUGACGGACGGAAAUGCACGCUCGUAUCUCUCAAGCAGCUGUGCGAGAGGCCCUGUCAGUUUUGCAGGGGACGCAUGUGCUUGGUUUUAGGCGUGAGAUCGAUCUGCAGUAGUCAAGUCAUGAGUUUAACUUACCAACUGGCUGAGAGCCACUAAUGAGCCGACGCCGUAGGUAUAGGUGAUGAGAGGAAUUGUACGACUGUGAGAUGAGUCUUCGUGGAGGUAGUCUAGAUAGGCUUGGUGAUGCUUACCUGAUGUCCAGGAAGAUUUUUGUGAACGUUUUAUUGAGUCGCUGCAGAGCUGAAAUAUCCCCAGCAUCGAUUUCGUAAAACGCUAUGUCAGGAUACCGCUUCUGGGCAACCCUCGUGUUGAAUGGGCUCUUGUCAAUUCCAAUGACCUGUACCGUUUGAAGCGCAUUAACAAAUUCGAGU